CCUCAGGCGGUGUUUCCACACAGGUACGUUUCUGACGAUACACCCAGCUUUCCGGAAGUUGCUGUUCGGCUGGAGUUCCGCCCCGGCUCUGCAGUCCGCUUUUUCUCACGCUGGGUCGGGCUCGGUUCGGUAUCAUGGAGGAGGCUGAAAUGCAGCUGAAAGUGAAAAAGGUGACAGACAAAUUUACAGAAAGCAUGUAUGUCCUGGCCAAUGAACCUUCUGUUGCGUUGUAUCGGCUUCAAGAGCAUGUCAGGCGCUCUCUCCCAGAACUGGCUGAACAUAAAGCUGACAUGCAGAGCUGGGAAGAACAGAGUCAAGGAGCCAUUUAUACCGUAGAAUAUGCCUGCAGUGCCAUCAAGAAUAUGAAGGACAGUAGCAUGUAUUUCAAGAACAUUGAAGGGCUCCUUAGACACGCCAUUGCCGUAAAAGAUCGGUUGAAUUCUGCACGGAGGUAGCUCUGGAGAUCCGGGUCUGGGAAAACUUCAUGGUCAUCCUCUCUAUUUAUGGAAAGAAGCUUCAGAUGCCAAGGGGAAGCCACUCUACACGUCGAUGUGACCAAGACACGUUUAUAUUAACCUGUCUCCAGGUUUAAUCAUUUUUUUUAACAUCAAUAAUUACAGUUAAUUUAAAAAAUUACUCUAAGCAAAGAACAUAUGUUAGCAAUACUUAGCAUUUCCAAGGAAGAAACACUGCAGGCAAGAUUUUUCUUGCUGUGUCAUGUGCUUGUACAAGUGCUGGGGUGAGACAGGAAGAGGAGAGGGAAGAGAAUACAUUAAGAAUCCCAUUAUAUCAAGCCAAACUGUUGGUCCAUGUAGCUCAUGAUUGAUGGCAAGCUGAUCACACCUUUAUGAGGAUGGAGAGAUGUGAAUUUUCUGUCUUGUUGCACUGGAACAAGUGGAAAAUUCUGUUGAAAUUCCGAGUGUCAUUUGCGUAUGCCGGCCCAUGUUUCUCCUUGGACAUGCCUACAUUUCAUUUCUGGCUUAUAUGAACGUAUGGUAAUGGUUCUAACUAAAUCACUAAAAGGCGUGUAAUUCAUGA